AGGAGCGCGGCCGGCCGAGGCAGCCCCGGACACACCUCCACGGAGGGACACGGAGCAGGCGCCCCCAACCGGGUCUCCGCUACGAUCUUGCCCUUUAACACUCCUCGCUCGCGCCCAUUGGCUGUGGGGUUACGUCAUCGGCGCGCGCCGGUCAGCGCGCCUUCCCGCUCCUUAACUCUGACGACAGAGCGGCGCCCGCCUUGGCGGCUGAGGAGAGCGGGAGGAGGUCGCAGCGGCGGGAAGAUGCUGCACUUGGGCGUAAAUUGCAAUCGAUUAGGGAUCGUUUCUCAGACUCAAGUUAGAAGUGAGAGUUCAGAUAAGUGAGGCCGCCAUUGCUGCUUUGAACACCUGAGAAGGGGAGAAUGGAUUUAUCAGGAGUGAAAAAGAAGAGCUUGCUAGGAGUCAAGGAAAAUAAUAAAAAGUCCAGCACUAGGGCGCCUUCUCCGACCAAACGCAAGGACCGCUCUGACGAGAAGUCCAAGGACCGCUCCAAAGAUAAAGGGGCCACCAAGGAGUCGGGCGAGAAGGACCGCGGCAGGGACAAGACCCGGAAGCGGCGCAGCGCGUCCAGCGGGAGCAGCAGCACCAGGUCUCGCUCCAGCUCUACCUCCAGCUCGGGCUCCAGCACCAGCACGGGCUCCAGCAGCGGCUCCAGCUCCUCCUCGGCCUCCAGCCGCUCGGGCAGCUCCAGCACAUCGCGCAGCUCCAGCUCCAGCAGCUCCUCCGGCUCUCCCAGCCCUUCUCGGCGCAGACACGACAACAGGCGGCGGUCCCGCUCCAAAUCCAAGCCACCGAAAAGAGAUGAAAAGGAAAGGAAAAGGCGCAGCCCUUCCCCUAAGCCCACCAAGGUGCACAUCGGGAGGCUCACCAGGAACGUGACCAAGGACCACAUCAUGGAGAUCUUCUCCACCUACGGGAAGGUCAAGAUGAUCGACAUGCCCGUGGAGAGGAUGCACCCGCAUCUCUCAAAAGGCUACGCGUACGUCGAGUUUGAGAACCCGGAUGAAGCGGAGAAGGCGCUGAAGCACAUGGACGGAGGACAAAUUGAUGGCCAGGAGAUCACGGCCACUGCUGUGCUGGCCCCCUGGCCUCGGCCACCCCCAAGGCGUUUCAGCCCCCCCAGGAGGAUGCUGCCUCCGCCCCCCAUGUGGCGCCGCUCACCCCCACGGAUGAGGAGACGGUCACGCUCCCCUCGGCGCAGAUCCCCCGUGCGCCGGCGCUCACGCUCCCCCGGCCGCCGCCGCCACCGGAGCCGCUCCAGCUCCAACUCCUCCCGAUAGGCCACAGGCGGGCCCCCCGCGCUGCCCCUGUAACUUAAGUCCCGUCCAGCUCCGUGUCGUCACUUUUCUAGCCGAAGGCCGCCGGAGGAGCGAGAUCCCCCGCUCGGCAGGCUGCAGCGAGUCCUCGAAGGCUCCGGCUCCGGACUGCUGGUUUGGGGCGGCGCCUCACGAUGCCCCCAGUUCUCUGGCGAGAAAGCGCCGUGUUUCCAGUUGCCGAGAAAGUUCCGUGGCAGGGCUGCUGCCGGAGUGCCGCCCCCGAGCCCCUUCUGCAGCUCCCCGGCCUGCCCAGGCUCCCCCUCUGACCCUGGGCCAAGCGCCGGAAGAGCCCUCGCCCGGCGGGCUGCGCCCCGCUUCCCCUCGGACCUGGGAGCAGCCCCAGCUCUGCAGGGUCCCGGGUCCCCGUUGGUGUCACUCGUGGUUUGCAGGUCACCUCGGCAGCUUGUACAUUGCUCUCCUGUUGGCUUCUGUUGUACAGUCCGUGCUAUAAAAUUCGUUUUGAGAUUUGUAACUUCCUCGCAGUUUAGACCAUGUUGUGUUGGUGCUGUUGUGCAGGGUGUUGAAUAAACUAGGUUAGCUGCA